AUGUCUCCCUUCCAGAUUGACAGAGCGGAGCUCAUAGUAAAGAAAGGCGCUCCACGCCAGAGAAUCGUGCUUGAGGUUCCGCUGUCCGCUAGAACGUACACCACGACGCCCGCAGCAUUCGGCGUUCACACCGUAUUCCCGGGCUUCUCUGGAAACUACACGAAUCUUCAGGGAUCCCUCGCAUCUUUUGAGGUGUGCGACCAGCUUCAAAGCGGUUGGGAGCAAGGACUCUCCAGUCCAGACUCCUGUCCGUUUCUAAAGAAGGACGAAGACUACGUAGCCUACGAAGAUGAAGAGAGCGCAAACAUGGUCAUGGGUCGCAAGUACCGUGGUGCGGCCGUCAGGAGCGUAGACCUGGACGACUACAACUCCCAAUGCGCGGGCAAGACUAACCUUCUCAAAGCCCUUCGCUCCAGCUUCGACGCAGCGAAGGCCGACAUGGACUACCCUUACAAUCCACCGACAGCAUGGUGGUGGGACGGGGACAAUGACAAGAUGAUACCUACCACGGCACCGCCUCCGAAGUGGACAACGACCAGGCCACCGGAGGAGGUGUCGACACCGACCCAAGAGAAAGAGCCAGCGGGCACGAAUACUCCUACAACGGGAAAGCCAGUGCCGUCAACCGUCAUGGUACCUGCCUCGAAAGACCCGUCAACAGUUCUGAAUACUCUCGAGAAGGUAGCGCCUGCCGAGACAACCACCACGCCCGUUAGCGGUGAUCUACAGACAGUGACACCUGCGGAAUCGUAUUCGAAGUCGUCCACACUCGCAACUUCCGAGGAGGUAACGACAAAGAGUAGAGAGGACAUCUGCAAGGGUGCCAAACAAAGCGCUAUGCUACCGCACGAGUCCGACUGCAGCAAGUACUACCACUGCGUGCAUUCCAAACCGCUCCUCCAGAACUGUGCACCGGGAACAAUAUUCGACAUCGAGCGGCAAAUAUGCAACUGGCCGGCGAUCACCAACCGACGCGAAUGCAAGCUUUCGUAA